AUGUACCAGGUAAAGCCCGUUUGCGGGGGUGACAUCACGGUUGAUUUGCCCACCUGCAUGUACAAGUUAGCAAAUAUCCACGCUCGGUCGGCGAACAGCUGCACCCACGAGCACGCGCUGCAGAAUGGCGAGAUGGACCCAGCCGUCAAAGCUCUGGAGGCCCGUCAGGAUGAGAUCAUGCGCAAAUUGUACGAGCUGAAGGCAGCCGUGGAGGGCCUGGCUAAGACUGUGACCACUCCUGACGCUGAUCUGGACCUGACUGUUGGCGGCGGGCUUUCGUCAUCCCAGAGCUGCGCCUUCCAUGGCACCGCCGACCUGGACACGCUACUGGGCAAGGACCUUGGCGCUCUCAGAGACAUCGUCAUCAACGCCAAUCCAGCACAGCCCCCCAUCACUCUCUUGGUUCUUCACAAGUUGCUGUGUCAGCGCUACCAGGUCCUCUCCACCGUUCACGUCCACUCAUCUGUCAGCAGCGUACCAGAGCAGCUUCUCUCCUGCCUUGGACCCCGCCACCCGGACAGCUACGCCCGCCAUCUCUUCCAGCUUGGCUUCACCCUCAUAUGGAAAGACGUCCCCAAACUGCAGAUGAAGUUCAACGUUCAGAACAUGUGCCCCGUGGAAGGCGAGGCAAACGUGGCACGCUUCCUCUUCAAACUGCUGGCGCCAUACCCGUCCGACGUUGCGUCAGCCACCUUAGUGGAUAACUGGGUGGACGCGGCCUUUUUCCAGUUGGCCGAGGGCGGCACCAAGGAGCGGGCAGUCGUCCUGCGCGCCCUCAACUCAACUCUGGGCCGCGGGCCCUGGCUGGUCGGGCGAGAAGUCUCCCUGGCUGACGUGGCGUGCUACUGCUGUCUUCUGCUCACCGGCGCUGCCUCCUCAGCCCCCGCCAAUGUCCAGCGCUGGCUCCAGUCCUGCGAGAACCUGGGUCACUUCGGGCCCGCUAAGGUACUCAGACAGUGA